AGUUCACAAAACUUGAACCUUUACCAUGCAUUUAAUAAUCUUUCUAUGCUCAUUUGUUAUUAUUCCUUGGAAGGCCGAGGGAGCAAUUGGUGCAAGUAUUAAAAAAAAGCUGCAUAGCGAUGCAUACGUUUCAGAAAACAUUUGAUACUUUGAAACGAUACGUGAUGGAGCUCAAAAACGAAAUGAAUCUUCUAAAAUCAGAUCUUGACAGAGCUAUUGAGCACACAUGGGGACCGUUGGGGACCUUUGGUAAUGGAAAUUCGCAUUUAUUUCAUCUGACGUAUUGUAACUUGGAAGAAUCCGUAGGAGAUAUGUGUAUAUUUACUCCUAAAUAUUUCGUGAUUUCACAUGCUGUCCCAGAUCACACAUACGGCUCAAAGGAAGGACACGUAUUUUACGACUCCCAAUAUACAUAUGUAUCUACGUUGACGUCAUCAGUAUUUCAACCAGCAGAUCACUAUUGCAUCAGAUUUUACUUCAAGCUUAAUGGAGUAACUCCUACUGGUUCAAUCAAGCUAUAUUUACAGGUCGGAGAUCAGCCUGGCUACCCUUUCCAUACUAUUCCGAGUGCAAACCUUCCAGCAAAGAAAUGGAUCCUCGCUGAAGCUAGUCCAGAUCAGGAAUAUUUACAAUAUCCAUUUAAGAUAAUUUUGGAAAACACCAUCAGAACUUAUACAUAUUUUGACGAUUUUAUGGUAUAUAACGUUCCCUGCAAUACAGAUGGUAUACAUAGUCCAGUGUGUCCUUUUGGAUCAUUUAUAAGAAAAGAGGGCACUAUCGUCAGCUGUUAUACUUUCCAUCCCGAGCCUCUUGUCUAUUUUGAUGCUAUUAAAUCUUGUAAGCGUGUGUGGCCUGGUGCAUCUCUACUUCAGAUUGAAGAGGCAUCUGAGCAAACAUUUAUUACUCACCAAAUCAAUAAUUCAACAGACAUGACGUAUGCUGCCGACUUUGGAAUCUGGCUCGGUGGAAACGACAUCGAUACCGAACAUACCUUUGUCUGGAUUGGCAACGAGAAUCCUGUUCCUUUUAAUUUUACAAAUUGGCACCAAGGACAACCCAACAACAUGAAUGGCGACCAAGACUGUGUAAUGCUUCAGUACAAGACCAGCAGCUUUGACUACGAGUGGGGAGACGUUGGAUGUCAAGAGAGGCACUCUUUCAUUUGUGAGAUGACGUACGACGCUAGACACGCCCCCAGUCAUCACUAUGCGAACACAGUGAUUGGCUAGACCAAAGUGACAAUGGUUUCUUAUGAAUUUUUAUCGGCCGGAAAGUCAAUGAUUUGUCUCUGAAUGAAUAUUUAAAGAUAUACUCUGUAAAUUCAACUAUGAUCUUUCGCUUGUCAUUUAUUUGCAAUCAAAUAAACUGAAAAACGAA